AUUUGUAAAUGUGGCUAACAAGUAAACAAAGCAUUUACAGGUAGUUUUUAAAGCCGAAACAAAUAAUAAAAAAAUGUCAGAUAAAGCGGAGAACACAACUGCCGCUCAGGCCAGCAGCGAAUUUGUUAUCAGCGAAUGCGAGCCACUUAAAGAGUAUGAGCAGUUAAUGGAUACAAAUGUUACGUCUGAAGAGUUGGACGAUAAGACUUCAAAAGAGAAUUUUAAGAAAAUUGGAUUAGCUGUUCAUGAUGUCAUCUUUAAAUUAGUGUUCGACUGUAAACAAGAAGCACGCACUGAGUCACAGCACAAAGCCGGAGAGCUGCUGGCGGAAUACAAAAGCGAUGCAUGUUUCUAUGCGCCGUGGCCAUACAACGAAUGGAUCGUUAAGCUGCGCGAUGAGCUGCUCAAGCAAGAGCAACUGGACUUUUGGCGUGAUGUGGUUGUAAAGAAGCAGCUGGGUCCAUGCUGGGCACGUGACUCGGAUGCAUUUGACAGCGAGGACAAGCCGCCACUGGAGUUCUAUGCGCAUGCAGGCUGUGUGGCGCCCUUUGCCGCUAGCCUUAAGGUCAAAGCCAGCAACACGGAUCAGACGGAGGAAACGCCAGAGACAGAUGCCGACCGUGUGGCUGCGAUGACGGGCAAUUUCGAGGCGGUGAUUACAGCAGACAACCCACUGAAGCAGUACCGCGAUCUAAUGAAGCGCUUUGUUGUAGUCAAUAUUCAUGUGGACGAUGAUAUACAUAAGGCAAGCGUCCAGAAGAUUGCCACAGCUGUGCGCAGCAUCAUCUGCCAGCUACUAUUUGAAGGCACGCCCACUCAACAAGAGUACGACACGGCUUCCGAGCUGCUGCAGGAGUACAAAAGCGAUGCUGCCUUCUACGGUCCCUGGGACUACAACGAUUGGAUUGUCGAGUUGCGCGACAGGCUGCUGGAACGCAACAUGCUGGAGUUCUGGAGCGAAAAGAUUGUCAAACUGGAGCUGGGGCCUUGUUGCUCCCGAGACUCGGACUUUUUUGACAGAGACGAUUCCAUACCCGUAGAGUUCUACAACAGAGGCGGCUGCACUGCGCCCUUCGACCCUCCAGUCGUUGAACAAGACUAAAUCUCAAAUAACAAUAAUUUACAUUAUUUAUACAAGACCAAGUCUUAAAUAUUAUUAUAGUUGUAAAA